GAAACUUUACAGAUUGCAGGAUGGGGAUUUGUCUUUAUUUGCAGGUUAUUUAUCUCUGUUAGUGAUCUCCCUUUUAAAAUCACUUAUCUGUAGCAUUCCACGCUCCCAUCAACGGUUGGAAAUGUAUUUUUACUGGAUGUUGUAACUCCGUGUAAUAAGAGACAGCCUCUGUCCUAAAAGUCUUAGUGCCCAAUACAUUUGACAGGCUGUUGGAUAAGACACUCUCCUUAGUUUUCAGAGUGUGCUAAGGCAAAAAAAUUGACAUAAAAAUCUUGACCCUGGAUCUUUUGCAUCCCAGCUCAGCCCUGGAAGCACGGGAUCAUUUUUUGGUGGUUGUCCAUGAAGGUGCAUUCUGCUGUCAGACAAAUGCACCAGGAGGAGGUGAGGAGUUAACUUGCUGUUCGAAAGAAGCAACAAGGCAAAAAUAAAUCAAAAUUAAGAGUUUAUAUUUCAGCGCCACAAUUAAAGAGGGGUGGGGACAGUCUGAUCUUCAGUGAUGUACAUAAUGGCAGAGGGGGUGGGCGGUUGGACUGUCAAACUGCCUUAAUUUAAUUGCAAACACAUGCUGAUGAGUCCCCUCCUCCUGGACCUCAGGGCUGGGAAACUUUUUUUUGUCAGCUCCCUGCAGUUCAGAAUUGAGGCAAAUGCACUCCAGCAAACACCAUGCUCAUCAAACCUUCAGCUCUUGGAGGCUUUUUGUGUUUUCUCCUCUUGCCUGGUUUCUCCUGCUCCUGCCCCAGUCGCUGCCUGUGCUUCAGGACCACGGUGCGAUGCAUGCAUCUGAUGUUGGAAACCAUCCCCGAGAUCCCGCCCCAGACAAACAUACUAGAUUUACGCUUCAACCACAUCAAGGAGAUACAACCUGGAGCCUUCAGAAGACUGAAGAACCUCAACACACUGCUGCUGAACAAUAAUCAGAUAAAACAAAUUGUGAGAAGAUCCUUUGAAGAUCUGGAGAACCUGAAAUACCUCUACCUUUAUAAAAACGAAAUUCAGAGCAUCCAGCAACAUGCCUUCCACGGGCUCCAUUCCCUGGAACAGCUGUACCUGCAUUUCAACAACCUGGAAAGUCUGGAGCUGGAGACUUUUAGUGACCUGCCUAAACUUGAAAGGCUAUUCUUGCACAAUAACAAGAUUUCCAGGAUUCAUCCAGGGACAUUCUCUCAACUGGAAUCCCUCAAACGGCUGCGGCUGGACUCCAACGCCUUGUUUUGUGACUGUGACCUGAUGUGGUUGGCUGAGCUGCUGAAGAAAUACGCUGAGCAGGGCAGCAUCCAGACAGCUGCCACCUGUGAGGCUCCUCGGGACCUGCACGGCCGCUCCAUCGUCACCUUGACUGCCCAGGAGUUCAACUGCGAGAGGCCUCGAAUAACCUCAGAACCCCACGACGUCGACGUCCUCUUGGGAAACACAGUUUAUUUCACCUGCAGGGCAGAAGGAAAUCCAAAGCCUGCGAUUAUUUGGCUGCACAACAAUAAUAAGAUUGACAUGAAAGAUGACAACCGCCUGAACCUGUUGCAAGAUGGUACCUUGAUGAUCCAGAAUACCAAGGAGUCGGAUAAAGGUGUCUACCAGUGCAUGGCCAAGAACAUUGCUGGGGAGGUCAAGACACAAGAAGUUGUGCUGCGCUAUUUUGGCACCCCAUCCAAGCCCACUUUUGUGAUCCAGCCUCAGAACACUGAAGUGCUGAUUGGGGAAAGCGUCACCUUGGAGUGUGGGGUCUCUGGGCACCCCCACCCUCACAUCAGCUGGACCCUUGGCACAGGCUCUCCUUUGCCACAGGAUUCCCGUUUCACUAUCACCAGCUCCGGAGGACUCUUCAUUCAGAACGUCACCUUCUCGGACCAGGGGCAGUACAACUGCAAUGCCACCAACUCCGAGGGGUCCAUCCAGGCGACAGCAAGGAUCAUUGUGCAAGAUUCUCCCAGGUUUCUCGUCAUUCCUACUGAUCAGACAGUGACUGAGGGACAAAGUGUGGAUUUCCCCUGCUCUGCUGAGGGUCACCCUCCACCUGUGAUUACCUGGACAAGGGCAGGUGGGCCUUUGCCAAACGACCGGAGGCACAGCAUCCUCUCCACGGGCACCCUGCGGGUGCUGAGGGUGGCUCUGCAUGACCAGGGGCAGUUUGAGUGCCACGCCAUCAGUGCCAUCGGGGUGAGGACCCUCCCGGUGCAGCUCUCGGUCACCCCACGAGUGAUACCCGUGUUCCUUCAGCCCCCCCAAGAUGUGGUGGCAGAGACAGGCCAGGAUGUUGCCAUUACCUGCGCUGCCCAGGGAGACCCACGGCCCACCAUAACCUGGGUCAAGGAGGGUAUCCAGAUCACAGAGAGUGGCAAGUUCCAUAUUGGCCAAGAUGGGACCCUUUCCAUUCAGGAUCUUGGCGUGGCUGAUCAGGGCAGAUACGAGUGCAUAGCAAGGAACCCCUUUGGCUUCACCUCCAGUGCCAUGCAGCUCACCAUCACCGCCACGGACGUCGGUCGGAGCGGUGACACGUUUGUAGCCACGUCUCUGCGGGAGGCCAUCAGCAGCGUGGACCACGCCAUCAACUCCACACGCACCGAGCUCUUCAGCAAACGUCCCAAGACACCCAAUGACCUCCUGGCUCUCUUCCGCUACCCCCGGGACCCCUACACCAUCGAGACAGCCAGGGCAGGGGAGAUCUUUGAAAGGACCUUGCAGCUGAUUCAGGAACACGUGCAGCAAGGGCUCAUUGUGGAUAUGAACGUCACAGGCUAUCGCUACAAUGACCUGGUGUCCCCUCACUACCUGAACAUGAUUGCCAACCUGUCGGGCUGCUCUGCCCACCGUCGCACGCCGAACUGCUCCGACAUCUGCUUCCACAAGAAGUACAGGACCCACGAUGGCUCUUGCAACAACCUCCAGCACCCAAUGUGGGGUGCGUCUCUCACAGCCUUCCAGAGGCUCCUCAAACCCGCCUACCAGAAUGGAUUUAACCUCCCCCGAGGGUUUUCCUUGGCAGAAGAUGCCAGGGAUCUGCCCCUUCCUCUACCUCGCCUCGUCUCCACUGCCAUGAUCGGGACUGAGACCAUCACCCCCGACGACCAGUUCACGCACAUGCUCAUGCAGUGGGGCCAGUUUCUGGACCAUGACAUGGACCAGACGGUGGCAGCCAUCAGCAUGUCCCGCUUCUCGGACGGAGCACCUUGCAGCGAGGUGUGCAGCAACGACCCGCCGUGCUUCUCCGUCAUGGUCCCCGCCAACGACCCCCGCGUGAGGAACGGCCGCUGCAUGUUCUUCGUGCGCUCGAGCCCGGUGUGCGGCAGCGGGAUGACAUCCCUGCUGAUGAACUCUGUCUAUGCCAGAGAGCAGAUCAACCACUUGACGUCUUACAUCGACGCCUCCAACGUUUACGGCAGCACGGAGCAGGAGUCGCGGGAGCUGCGGGAUCUGAGCGGCCAGAGCGGGCUGCUGAAGCGCGGGCAGGUUGUGCCCAGCUCAGGGAAGCAUCUCCUUCCCUUUGCUGUGGGGCCGCCCACGGAGUGCAUGAGGGAUGAGAACGAGAGCCCCGUGCCGUGCUUCCUGGCAGGAGACCACCGUGCCAACGAGCAGCUGGGUCUCACGGCCAUGCACACGCUGUGGUUCAGGGAGCACAACCGUGUCGCCACGGAGCUGGCCGCCCUCAAUCCCCACUGGGAUGGGGACCUCCUGUACUACGAGGCACGGAAGAUUGUGGGUGCCCAGAUGCAGCACAUCACCUAUGCCCAGUGGCUGCCCAAGGUCCUUGGGGAGGCUGGGAUGAAGAUGCUGGGUGAGUACAAAGGCUACAACCCCAAUGUCAAUGCGGGGAUUCUCAACGCCUUUGCCACCGCUGCCUUCCGCUUCGGGCACACCUUGAUCAACCCCAUCCUGUACCGGCUGAACGAAACCUUCCAGCCCAUCCAACAAGGCCACAUCCCCCUGCACAAGGCCUUCUUCUCCCCUUUCAGGAUCACGCAGGAGGGGGGGAUUGACCCCCUCCUCCGUGGGCUGUUUGGGGUUCCUGGGAAAAUGCGGGUCCCCUCUGAACUCCUCAACAUGGAGCUGACGGAGAAACUCUUCUCCAUGGCACACUCUGUCUCACUGGACUUGGCUGCUAUCAACAUCCAGAGAGGGCGAGACCACGGCAUCCCGCCCUACAACGACUUCAGGGUCUUCUGCAACCUUUCAUCUGCACAGGAAUUCGAGGACCUCCGAAAUGAGAUAAAGAACUUGGAGAUCAGAGAAAAGCUCAGGAGUUUAUAUGGAACUGCCAAAAAUAUUGACCUGUUUCCAGCGCUGAUGGUGGAGGAUCUUGUCCCUGGGACCAGAGUUGGACCAACACUGAUGUGCCUGUUAACGACGCAGUUCAGAAGGCUGAGGGAUGGAGACAGAUUUUGGUAUGAGAAUCCCGGAGUCUUCACGCCGGCGCAGCUGACUCAGAUCAGACAGACGUCCCUCGCUCGUGUCAUCUGUGACAACAGUGACCACAUCCAGCAGCUGCAGAGGGAUGUCUUCCGGGUGGCAUCGUACCUGCAGGGCAUGGUCAGCUGUGAAGAGAUCCCUGCCGUGGACCUCCGCCUGUGGCAGGACUGUUGUGAGGACUGCCAGACACGAGGGCAGUUCAGGGCUCUUUCUCAGCGGUUCCGAAGGAAGAGGUCUCCUGGCUUCAGCUACCCAGAGGAAAACCCUGCCAAGCACAAGCCUGACUUCCCCAGAAACAAGGUGCCUUCCCCAAGCCCUUCCUCCAGAGAGAACCUCGAGUCCCUUGUGGCUGAACUGGAGAAGACAGUUGCUUCCCUACGGAAACAGGUGAACGCACUAGAGAGCCAGCUGAGGUGGCACCACAGGAACACCAGCACACAGGGACAGGUCAAGAAAACUGGAGACAAAUGGAGAAAAAGAUGACCAUGUUGCCUCUUUGAAUAAGGUGCCCUGUGACCUGCACUCCUGCUCUCCACCAACCACUCCAACCCACUCCUAUAGGGCUUAGAAAGCCACCACAAGACCCCAUGAAGCUCUGCCUCCUCUCACACCUCCUGUGCCACUCCCCAUCCCAGGACCACUGUACUUUUGCCUGUAUUGAACCCUCUGCACUGACUGUCCACGAGCCCCUCAGCCCCCGGAUCCUUCCUGCCUUUGUCAGCCUCCUGGGGAUGGGCUCUGCCCUCGAUGGUGACAGCCCAGAGUCUGCCAAGACGCCUCUUUCUUCCACAGCCCCCAGGGGAAUGGAGACUAAUUGAAGCUGCUUUAGUGCCCCUUUUCUGCUUCUCUUCCCACGCACCGCUGUCGUCACCCACCACGUGUCUGAAAAUUCCUAUGGGCACCCAACUGAACCAAUUUAUUAAGAGGCAAAACCUUCCUCAAACACAGUGCGGUGUCAGGAAACGUCUGGAGAAAUCAGGAAAAAAGAAAAGAUAAAUAAACAGGAACCCAAACCCCCAUCCAUCUUCUGAUGCCAUCAGAAAGACCAAGUGGGACCUCAGGACUGGGUUUGGGCUGGGCUUGCAGACCCUGCCAGCAGCGAGGAAGUGACCCAAAGCCCAGGGAAGUCUCCUGGAUGGUUGGAUGCUUCAGGACAGGGUGCCAGGCAUGGUGUGGCUGCCCACAAUCACCCUCUGUGCUUUGCCAGUCAUUGGUGACAAGUGGCACAUCCUUGGUUACGUGACCCCUCCAGUGACCUACUGUUACAUGCCCAAUGUCCAAAAGCAUUUUCCUCAGCAGGACCUGCAUUCCCCAGCUCUCUGCCCCUUUCAGAGUUUAAUUGGAAUUAUGCUUCUCUUCCUUUUUUUUCCCCUCCCAAAAGGCUCUUUGCUGGAAGAUGUAUUUCAAGUGUAAACGUAACAGGACCUGGAACAGAACCUCAGCUAAUUAGAUGUAAUGGGCGCUCUCAUUAGUGGAGGGGAGCUGCUGGUUUCUGUCAAUUAGGCUGGCAGGACACGCUGUGGUGUUUGACACAUGGGUGAAUGCAAAGUGCUGUUUGUGUUUAUGGCUCCCAGGUGCUCUGCAACCAAACCAGGACCGUGCAGCCAGAUCUACAGCGCAGGUCUUCUGGUUUCGUUGCUCUUUGGAGGUGCUUUCUAGUGGUGCUAGAACUCAAGUCCCUGUGUAUCCACCACAGCCCCAAAUCUGUGGACAGAUUGGUUUUUAAUACAUCCUUGUAAGCUGGCCACAGGGACUUGAAGAUAAAAUACUUGAUCCAUCAGAUAUCUGUGCCUUCCUUAUCUUUCUCACUUUCCCUGUGUCCUCCCACCGGCCUUCCCAAAGCAUGAGGACCAGAAACUUCUAUGAACACUCUUUUUCUUCUUUAUUUUUUUUUUAUUUUAUUUUUAGGUGUUUUAUAGUACCAAAGGGGAUUCAAAGCAGCAGGGUUGCUCCUGGAACUUAAGAGGAAAAUAAAAAGAAGAUACUAGAAAGUGGUUGUGAUUUAUCAUCUCUUUCCUGGUGUGGGACUGAGCCAUGCAUGUGUGCCCUGUGCAGACAGAGGUUUGCAGGGAUGAGUCUGUGUUAUGCAUGUCUGGUAGGUUCAGCUCAGAGGCAGUAUUUAGUCCUCAGGGAUGUUUGUCAUUUUGAAGUACUCUUUCAUUUAGGUGCAAAUCAAGAUCCAAAGCCUUGUGUGUUAUAAGUCAGCUGCACUUGUCUAUCCCUUGUACCACUAGAGAAUCUAAUCUGGCAAAGGUCAAUAAAGG